AUGAUGUGCGAAGCCGAUCCGUGCCAAGGGCGAUGCCCCACAGCCUCUUGCCUGUUCCGUGGGCGAAUAUCCACCAAGGAAGUGGAUGAGCAGAUGAAGAACGUGCAGAACAAGGACAGCUCCCAUUUCGUGGAGUGGAUCUCAGACAAUGUGAAGUCUUCGGUGUGCAACGUGCCAUCCAAAGGGCCACAGAUGAAUGCCACGUCCAUCGGCAACUCCACUGCCAUCCAAGGGAUGUUCAAGCGUGUGUUGGAUAUGUUCACAGCUUUGUUCCGCAGAAAAGCGUUCUUACAUUGGUAA